UUAUUUUCUCUGUUCCAGAUUUCUAUGCUAUGCCUUUUAUGACAAAAGUCCUCUCACCAAGAAUACUUCUGCCUUGACACUUGUGGACAGUCAGACCAUAAAAACACUGCUAAGGAGUGCUAAAGUGGCAAUGAAACAGCCCAACAGAAAGAGGAAGCUUAGUAUGGAUUCCAAAGAGCAUUUGAAUCAGGAUGGAUGCUUGGAGCAAGCUGAGGAAGAUAAGAAGCCCAGAGAUGGUGCCACCCCAUUGAGUCACGUUCCUUCAAUGGCUACACAGGAAGCAUGGUCGUGGGAGCAGUACUUGACAGAACAGAAGGCUAUAGCUGCACCCGUUGAACUGUUUUCCAAGGACCAAUCCUUUCCGGAGCAUGAAAAUGGUUUUCAGGUUGGAAUGAGAUUAGAAGGCAUUGACCCCCGACAUCCAUCUGUAUUCUGUGUGCUUUCUGUAGCUGAGGUGUGUGGUUACCGCCUCAGACUUCACUUUGAUGGUUAUUUAAGCUGCUAUGAUUUUUGGACCAAUGCCGGUUCCCCUGACAUUCAUCCAGUAGGGUGGUGUGAGAAGACCAAACAUGAAUUGCACAUCCCUAAGGGUUAUAGAAAAGAUAAAUUUGUUUGGAUGGAUUACUUGAAGGCCUGCAAAUUGCAAAAUGCUCCCAAGAAAUUAUUCAGAAACAGAAGUUCUAAUGGGCCAAUGCCUAAAGAAUUUCAGGUUGGAAUGAAGCUGGAGGCCGUCGACAGGAAGAACCCUUCCUUGGUGUGUGUGGCAACCAUAGCAGAUAUUGUUGAAGAUCGCUUACUAGUGCAUUUUGACAAUUGGGAUGAUAGUUACGAUUACUGGUGUGAUGUAAAUAGCCCUUAUGUUCAGCCAGUUGGUUGGUGUCAGGAGAACGGAAGAACUCUGAUAGCACCCCAAGGUUAUCCUGAUCCAGAAAAUUUUUCCUGGACAGAGUAUCUGGAAGCUACUCAAACGAAUGCCGUUCCUGCCAAAGUUUUUAAAAUGCGGACACCCCACGGUUUUCUGCCGAGCAUGAGACUUGAAGCAGUGGACAGAAGGAACCCCAGGCUCAUUCGCGUGGCUACAGUCAUCGAUGUGGAUGACCAGCGGGUAAAGGUUCAUUUCGAUGGCUGGGACCACAAAUAUGACUACUGGAUGGAUGCAGACAGCCCUGACAUUCACCCGAUUGGGUGGUGUGAUAUAACAGGGCAUCCACUGGAAAUCCCAUAUCGAGCAAAUGAUGUGAAAAUCCUUCCAGGGCAAGCUGUUUGUCCUACUCCAGGGUGCCGAGGAAUAGGCCAUAUCCGUGGUCCACGGUAUUCAGGACAUCACAGUGCUUUUGGCUGCCCGUAUUCAGACAUGAACCUGAAAAAGGAGGCAACUCUUCAUGAUCGUCUGAGAGAACAAACACAGGCAAAUUUGGAACCCGACUCUUCACAUUUGAAACCGAAGAACCUCUGUGGCUUGAACUUCAAUGGAAAACAUGAAAUGGUGAACAGUCAGCCCAGACUUGUACAGCAGGCAAAGUGUUUGAAAAUCAAAGGAAAAGAAGAUAUUGACUUGGAUAAUCUCUUCAGAGAAUACUCGGCUGAGCAGACACAGCAGGCGCUGCACCAGUCCAUCUUCAUGUCCUCAGUGUCAGCCCACCCCUUCCGGGACCUUCCCCUUGGCAGGGAGCAGCACUGCAAGCUCCUCCCGGGCGUGGCCAACAUCCAGGCCAGCGAGGUGGCCCGAUGGACAGUGGAUGAGGUGGCUGAAUUUGUACAGUCUCUCCUGGGCUGUGAGGAACAUGCCAAGUGCUUCAAGAAAGAGCAGAUCGAUGGCAAAGCCUUCCUGCUUCUGACGCAGACGGACAUCGUCAAGGUGAUGAAGAUCAAACUGGGUCCAGCACUGAAGAUUUAUAAUUCUAUCCUCAUGUUCAGGAAUUCCCAGGACCUCACUGAAGAAGAAGACUCUCUCUCAGGCCAAGAAGCCAGAGGAUAA